AUGAAAUUCUUUCUAAAACGAUGUUUGCGCAAAAAACCAGAGGAGAUGAAACCAGGCGCCAUACUGGACGCUGUAAUCUCGCAGUCCUCUCCAACGGCCAACAAAUGUCUACUCUACAAGCUGGCCGAUUACAAGCGUGGUGGCGAUCUGAUUGAUGCACUAAAUACUGGCGGUCUUGUCGCUGUUGAACAAUUAAUACGCGAACAGUUUGGCAUCUUUAUGUACAACGAUGGCAAAGGUCAAGUAAUUAACCGUGCCGAGUUUUUGCGCUGGAAAUAUCGCGACCACACUGAGGUGACCAUACCGAUUGAGGCAUCACUCUCACGCCACGACCCACUUGGCAAGUGGGAGGACCACAAGGCCUGCUGGCAAAUGCAAUUUCGUGGUGCACUCGGCGAAAGUCUACUACAUGUGCUCAUCAUAUGCGAUUCCAAGGUACACACCAAAUUGGCUCGUGUAUUGAUACGCGUCUUUCCCAACUUGGCGCAAGAUGUGAUGGAGGGUGAAGAAUAUUUGGGCGCCAGCGCGCUACACUUGGCAAUUGCUUACAGCAACAAUGAGCUAGUGGCUGAUCUGAUUGAGGCAGGUGCCGAUAUAAAUCAACGCGCCAUUGGCAGCUUCUUUUUGCCACGUGAUCAACAGCGGCGCAAUCCCGCCAAGUCGACGGAGUAUGAGGGCCUGGCGUAUUUGGGUGAGUAUCCGUUGGCGUGGGCUGCCUGCUGCGCCAAUGAGAGUGUCUAUAAUUUGCUGUUGGAUUGUGGUGCUGAUCCAGAUGCGCAAGAUUCGUUUGGGAAUAUGAUACUACAUAUGGUGGUGGUGUGUGAUAAGUUGGAUAUGUUCGGCUAUGCUUUGCGUCAUCCAAAAACGCCGGCCAAGAAUGGCAUAGCCAAUCAUAGUGGCCUAACACCGUUGACAUUGGCUUGCAAGCUGGGACGCGCUGAGGUCUUUCGUGAGAUGUUGGAGCUAUCGGCGCGUGAGUUUUGGCGUUACAGCAACAUUACCUGCUCUGGCUAUCCGCUGAACGCCUUGGAUACUUUGUUGCCAGAUGGACGCACAAACUGGAACUCUGCUCUCUUCAUCAUAUUGAAUGGCACCAAGGAGGAGCAUUUGGACAUGCUGGACGGUGGUAUCAUUCAACGUUUGCUAGAAGAGAAAUGGAAGACUUUCGCUCAAAAUCAGUUUCUAAAACGUCUGCUUAUCCUUUCAAUACAUUUGGUUUGCCUAUCCGUUUCGGUUUACAUGCGUCCUGCUCAUGUAGCGGACGAUGACGAGGAUGAGACGGCGCUUACGAACGGUGCUUCUAAGGGCUCAAAAACAGUUGAGCUCGCUGAGGAGACGGAAGAUGAGGAGUACGAUGUGCAAACUAUUGCGCGCUAUUGUGCUGAGUUUGCAACCAUUGUGGGCGUAUUGAGCUACGUCGUUUUCCAGCAAGGGGAUGAGAUUAAAAAUCAAGGACUUCCAGCUUUUCUUAAACAAUUGACCCAUGCUCCGGCCAAGGCCAUUUUUCUAGUAUCAAAUCUGUUAAUAUUGGCAUGCAUACCUUGUCGUCUGAUGGGCGAUACGGACACGGAGGAGGCUAUACUCAUAUUUGCUGUACCGGGCAGCUGGUUUUUGCUCAUGUUUUUUGCUGGUGCCAUUCGUCUCACUGGCCCAUUCGUUACAAUGAUCUAUUCCAUGAUUACGGGAGAUAUGUUCACCUUUGGCAUUAUCUACUCCAUAGUACUCUGUGGCUUUUCACAAGCAUUCUACUUUCUUUACAAGGGUCAUCCGCAGAUUCAAUCGACUAUGUUCAACACCUUUCCGAGUACUUGGAUGGCUUUAUUUCAAACAACACUUGGUGAUUAUAAUUAUCCGGAUUUGAAUAACACAACCUAUCCGAAUUUAUCGAAGACGGUAUUUGUAAUUUUUAUGAUAUUUGUGCCGAUACUCUUGCUAAAUAUGUUAAUCGCCAUGAUGGGUAAUACUUACGCACAAGUUAUUGAACGAUCCGAGAAGGAGUGGAUGAAGCAGUGGGCAAAAAUCGUGGUCACAUUGGAACGCGCAGUGCCACAAGCCGACGCUAAAAAUUAUCUUGAAGCUUACUCCAUACCACUGGGGCCGAUCGAUGACUCCGGCUAUGAGGUGCGUGGCGUAAUGGUCAUCAAAAGCAAGGCGAAGACAAGAGCUAAGCAACGCAAGGGAGCCGUAUCUAAUUGGAAACGCGUUGGGCGCGUAACGCUGAAUGCUUUGAAGAAGCGCGGCAUGACAGGCGAGCAAAUGCGUCGCUUGAUGUGGGGGCGAGCCUCAAUUUCUAGUCCCAUUAAAAUUACCAAAAAGAAGCUGAAAGAUCCUUAUAACCUGAAUCCACAAAAUGAUCUCACCAGCGCCAUGGAUAUGCUGAACUUCGCUAGUGAUCCAGCAACAAGUUCGGGCAUACAAUUACACUCUUCGUUGUCGGGUCAAAAUCUUCCACCCGCACCAGAUCCACUACGCGAUUUGAUCUUUCUCGCCGAUCGUCGCCCUGAAAUGCAUGAUCCACAAUAUUUUGUUGGCCUACAACAGCUGGCAAAUCAGGCUUUGGAGUUGGUGGAGCAAACAAUGGGCAUGCAUCCGGUGCCGACACCGGCUACAAAUACAUCGCUAUUAUCGGCAGCGGCGGCUACAACAGCAGAUGGCAUGCAGACAGCAACAACAGUCGGUGCUACAAUUUCGUCAGCGACAGCAGCUAAUGCAACGACUACAACAACAACGAGUGCUGCUGCUGCCGCAGUCGCAGCUCCAACAGAGGACUUGGUUACCCCACUUAGUGCGAAUUUGACAACGCUCUUUCAAGAUCCAAAAGAUAUUGUUGAUCCACAAAAGCUGCAAGAUUUCCUCAAAAUGCUCGCUGAAAUUGAGACUGAGGAGAGUGAUGGUGGCGGUCGUCCUAUAUUGGGUAAAUUAUCGCUUUCGAGGCGUACAAAGAGCGCUCUAUCGAAGGCUCAGAUCAAAAGGGAGUCAAUUGGUGGCAGCCCAGAUAAGCUGAUACCGUCUGUGUGGUCGCAUACUUUGCCGCAACCCGAUGAGGAACCGGAAUUCAAUUUUGAGGCAGCUUUGGCCGAAGAACACGUACUCACCAUUGAGCAGGAGCCCGAGGUGGAAACCGAAACAGGCAACGAACCAGAGGAUAGUGAAGAUUGCCCCACAACAGAGGAGGUGCAUGCCACAAUGAAGCAAUUUCAUCUGCGUAAGCGUCAAUAUCAGCAGGACGACGCAGCGCGACGCGCAAAAAGUGCACGCAUCAAACGCAAAAAUAGAAUUUCGCCCGAGCAAUCCAAUGAUGCCGAUGAUGCCUCAGCACCAGGCCGCAAGCAUCCUGUAAGCGAGCGUUUGUCGCCGCCGGAUCCUUUGGAGCCAUGGAGUACGCGCGAAUUACAAAAUAUCAACAAAAUACUGGCGCGCAAAUGA